AGAUGUCGGCCGACCUUGUAUCUGGGUCGGUCCCUCCUCUAUAUCGCGAGGUUUAUGAGAUCGUCUGUCCAAAUCAAGAACAUGUCGACCGCGAACUAUUCGUGCAAAUGAUGGUGAAAUCCAGUUUGCCCAAGCAAACAAUUAUGCAGAUAUGGGAUGCUGUAGACUGCAACCAGGGUUCACUCACUCGGAAUGGCUUGUACAAGGCUCUGGCACUCACAGCUCUGGCACAACAGGGAAAGGCAAUUAAUGAGAAGUUUCUUGACACCUUCUCGGGGCAAGAAUUACCUAAGCCGACCCUUGGUGACCUGUCUGACCUGAAAGCUUUGAGUGUGAAGAUGCGAAGAGAAAGGAAUCCAAAUGUGCUUGGCUUCAACUACAAUGAAUUGUGUAACCUUGACAUUGUGAAGGUGGAGCUAGUUCCUGAGAAGAAAGGCCUCAUCCUCAAGCAUGUAGAGUAUGAGGUCACAAGUCAGCGCUACAAGACGACUGUUUUGCGUCGCUAUAAUGACUUCCUGGCAUACCAUGAGCUUCUCAUGCUACGGUUUCCAUAUCGCCUUGUUCCACGCCUGCCACCGAAGAAGAUGAUGGGAGCAAAUAGAGAGUUUAUUGAACACCGAAGAAAGUGCCUGCGAAGAUUCCUGAACAUCGUGUCAAGACACCCCCACAUGCAUGAUGACAAGCUUACAAAGUUCUUCCUCACAUUCAAUGGAACAGACACACAGCAUAAAAUCAAGGAACAUUUUCGUGGAAUUCCAGAUGAGUUUAUGACAAGUAACCUUGCAAGUAAAGCAAAGGACAUGGUUCCCAUGGAUACCCAAGUUCAGCUGUCCAACAGCAAGGAGCACAUCCGCCAGCUGUUCAACAGUGUAUCAAAGAUGAAGGACAUUGGAGAGAGGAUGGUCCAGAGGUCGGCAGAGUUUGCUUCAGACAUGCUGCAGUUUGGCAGGGAACUGAGCUCUCUUAGCAAUGAUGCUACACCUGUGACGGCAUGGGCAACGGGCAACAAUGACACGUGGCACCACCUCAAGAAGGGUUUCAAGCAUCUGUCUGUGGAAUAUGCUUCAUUGUCUGACAAGGCGACAGUAAAGGCUGUUGACGAGGAAGAGGGAGUCGUAGAAAAGCUGUCUCUAUUUUUGGACUUGUUGACAGCAUAUCGGGACCUAUGUGAACGUCAUGAGAAGGGUGUCCUCAAUGACCACCAGAGAGCUAUACAGAAGAUGGGCCAGUACAAGAAGAAGAAGAUGUCCGCUACUGUUCAGGGGCCAGAGACAGGAGCCGUUGAACAGUUAGAGCAAAAGAUUUUAGAGCAAGAAGGCCAGAUUGCCAACAUGGAGAACCGGAACUACUACUCCCUCCAUUGUCUGCAGAUGGAGACGCAACUUAUACAUGCAAACCUUGACAUCUUCUAUGAGACAUUGCAGUCCAUGACAGAUGUUGAGGCUAAAGCACAUGCUGAGCUCGCAGCAGUAUGGUCAGAAGUGCGGCCAAUCAUUGAAGGCCUCUAUGCAAGUCUGAAAGACAGUUCACGCCCGUCCUCCCCCACACGAACAUCUCCAAUUGGCUCCCCCAUGAACAAUCACCCCGGAAUCAGUGCGUGAUAUGUGCCUGUGAUGUUUACGUUGUUAUAGUGUCCAUGUCUCACUGUGAUUGGACACAACACCUUCAGAUGAAUUGGAUCUGUUUCAACAAAUCAGGGUGGGAUCAGUUGCACGAGAGAUCCGAAACAUGUUGAAACCUAGUUCACUGUGAUACAGGGGCGAUAAUCUGUACCUGGCAAUCUCAAACAAACUUGCCAUGUCAACAUAUGGGAUGAAAAGGAAAAGAUUUUCAAACACAACAGUAAAACAUGUUGUUUCUGUUUAUACCUAUGAAUAAUAUGUUGGAUCAGUGCUAUACUAUGGUGAAUAAUCUGAUGAUAAGUGCUGUCUGAAUGGAACUAUUAGUAAAAAAUUAGCUGGAAAUGAAAACUUUGCGUAGCAUUAGUGCAAUUAAAGAAAAUACUAUCAAGGAUGUAGAUAUUUGGAAAAUCACUAUGUUCACAUCAUAUGAUGUGUGUUAACACUGGUCAGGACAGGAUUGGAGUGACAGAAACAUGGAUCUUGUGGCAGUGCCCAAACCUAGGGCCACAGUGAGUGCAAUAUGUCAUAUCGCCAGUAGUUGGGAUUGGUAUUCACUGACACAUGUAUUUGAUAUAUCUUACACAAUUCAACUGAUCACCUCAAUUAUGCAGCAAUACCUAUAGGUAAGUAUGAGGAAAAGUAUGAGGACAUAGGAUGUGCGUGUCAUAAAAAAGUGCUUAUAUCAAUUGGUAAAGUUAUGUAACUGCAAAUGAGAUUAUUAAAUGUGUGUAUUUAGCUACUGUUGUUGACAAUGUCAGUGAUCAUUCAUCAUGAUAUAAUGGCCAUAUACAAUUUGAUACUUCCUGAUACAGCACACAAAAAAUAGUCAGAUACAUUAAUUGAAAUUUUAAACAAAUUGAAUAUUUGACACCCUGUCAUUAUCUCAGUAGCUGUAAAUCCUUGAAUAAUCACCCAGCAUUUGAUAAUAUAUAAAAAAUAAUACAUUUUACAGGGCCUAAUAUCUUCCUAAAGAACAUUGUUCAGUACAAUGGCAGGUGGCUUAUUUUGGCAGGUGGCUUAUUCAGGGCAGGGCAAUAUGUAUUUUUUAUUUAUUGUGUUUCUUUAUAUGUCAAAGACUUGUAUUUUUAAGCACUUUCUAUACCUCAACUGAUACAGUAUGGAUCUUUACAGACAUUGAUUGGUAGGAGAAAGGAGCAUUAGGUAUUAAAUUUGUAGACUAAAAUAAAACCAGCCAUUGAUUCAAGGAUUUACGGUAGUCUGUUCAUUUUAAAUACAAUGACCUUCCAUAUGGCUAGAGUGGGAUGACAUAUCAAGAUUAUGGUUAAAAAUAUUAUUAUUUUACAUACGCUCAAAGUACAUUGUCUGGAUUCCUGUUAAUGUGUACAGCCAAUAAUGAUUCUCUGUGUGAGCUAAAGUCUCUGAGAAGUUUUUGUUGUGAUAUAUGUACUGUCUACUAUUUGUACAUGUUAUAUAUAAUCCUUCUUUGCUGACAGCUGUUAAACAUUUGGAUUACAGAGUUUCUGUUCUGUUAACCUUCUUAACUAUUAUAAUUUCUUUAGUUUUGUUAAGUUUGAAAAUUUACGAGAACCUUCAGACAUUAUGGGAUAAUUGAACAAAAAAUCUGUUUGUGACUGUUUAAAAACAUUACUAGCUCUUUAAGUGUCUUUUUUAGAACCUUGAUCCAAAGGUCCAUGUAACACAAAAUGCAAACUAAACUGAAGACUAUGGUUCAUAUGUUUUUGUGGGUAAUCCAAGCUGUCUGGAAAGCAGGGAUGUCCUGAUUCAGGAAGUAGCUAUGCAAUGGGAAGUUUUGUCUGAUGACACAAUACACGAUGUGUCCAGCAAUGUAUCAGUUCAUCUUGUAAUUUUGUCAUGUUUUGCAGAAAGAAAUAUUGACAUUGUUUUGCAGAACCUUUACUUGACCUCCCAUCACUAGAUCAAAUGUUAAAUCCAGGUUAACCAAUUAAAGAGUAUAUCACUGGUUGAUAGAAUCACCUUGUGGAGCCCACUGAACAUGGUCAAUUUCACACAAAACAGCACAGGUUUUUGUUUGUUUCAAGACUAAAGUAUCAUUAUGUGUUAAUGCAUGUGGUAGGCAUAUCAUGACAUCCCUGUUAGGAUGCAUUUGACUUGCAAUUUCAGAAAGUGAAGUGAAAGUACACAGGUUUUAUAUAACAGGUCCAUCAUUUGACAUACAACUUUUGUUUGAUAUUUUGUGUUGCAAGUUCAGGGCAAACGGCUAUUCUGUGCACAGAUGUGACUAUUAUUCCAUGUAACAUCCAGAGAACCUCAGUAGAUAGUUCUCUACCUCACAGCACCCAACAUUCCAGUUUGUUUCACUCGUCUCGGAUGUCAUCGAGAUUAUUCAAACACUUACAGCACCAUGUGAAAUAUGGAUGUGUACUGUAACAGCAGGGAGUUCAUAUAGGCUGUAAUAGUAUGGAGGUUUUCUCUUACCCACUUUGUCAUAUCCCAUAUGAAAAAAAGGGCAUAACAAUUUCAUUAUUCAGAAAGGUACAGUCCUAUUAAACUACUGUCUUUUCUCAGUGGAUUGUCUUUACAUUUAUGAUGAAGGUGAUUUUUGGGAGGAAUGUUAUUAUUCAGAUUGUUAGAUGCCUGAUUCAAGGAGCCAAAUGUUCUUAAAAGGUGUGAUGACUUAACGAUUUGUGUUUCCCAUUUGAUCAUGUUCCAAUUGACAUGAUGUUUGUUAUGUACAUUUCUACUUCAAUCUCUUUUGAAGAUCAUAGGUACUUAAGAGAUAUUGGGUCCUUUUAAUUUCUGAUUUGUUCAGUUAUGAGAUUGAUGUCCCUAUUGAGCUCCUCUAAUAUGAUCUUGAAGAUUUAUCUCCCAUCAGAAAAUUUUACGCAUUUCAUUGUCUAAAGUGAGAGUCAAGAGAAACUUAAAUUUUGCAAGGACUCCUCUGAAUAACCUUUCCAAGUGGCUGUCUCCUUUAGAAGAUGGCAACAUGACCUCAUCUUACCAAAGUCAAAUGAAAUGUGGAACCCUGCACCAUUCUUGAGUAAUAUCAUCUGUGCACUCAAGUUGAAGAAGCUGCUUUACCACGAUUAAACUUAAUCAGGUUUUGUCAACAGUAUUGCCAUGCAUUAAUUACUAUCAUGGUCUAGAAAUGUAAUGUUUGCAACGUAGACAUAAUCUAUUCUUUCUUAUUCCACCUUUGAGAACAAUCAACAAAUGGUUACCUCAGACUGACAACAAUAUAUACAUUUGUACCUGUCUCAGGUAGUAAAGGUAUGUUUAUUCUGUCGUGUUAUAAUGUUAUCCUCUGCUGUCUUGUUGAUUUCAUUGUACAGUAGUGAAACUCACAGUAAGCAGUGAUGACAUCAGUACAUUGUCAUGAAAACUGAUGAGAAAUAAUAAUUUAUGACUUGGGCCAUAUGUCUGAGUAUAGGCAUACUAGUUGGCUUUGCUAGAAGUCAGUAAAACUGGGACUAUGUAAGUUCAGAGUAGAAUCUUUUGAAUUUAUGCAGUAUGUGAAUUAGAGCUAGUGGAUGCAACAUAAUUGUAACCCUGACUGUGAAAGGCACCCAGUGGUGAUUAUUAUAGAUAUUUAAACAAUCACUGUCUAAAAAUAAAUUAUCAUUACAAAGGUCAGACUCCCAUCUGAUGUCACAGCCUUUGCAAUUGUGUUAAUGUGUUUGGUCCAUGAACUUGUCAUUUUGCUAAGUAUGUAGUAUUAGCUUUCAGACGAGGUGUCCUGAAUGUAAUCAUCUGUAUUUCAACAGUGCAAUAUUUAAAUAAGUAAUACUUAAAAUGCUGCUUCACAUUUUUCCUAGUGUACUUGAAUAUUACUACCCUCCCCAAACACUUGCUUAACUAAAACUACUCAAAAUAUGUCAAGAACAUUACUAUCACUUUUCUCCAAUCCUUUUCUCCAGUGCUUUGCCAAUACAAGCUAAGCAAAAUUGUGAUUAUAUGCAUCCUGUAAUAGGUAUUAUAGCACAAACCAGAGGCCUGGAGACACAUAACAUCACAUACACCCAGGGACUGGGAUAGAGAACUUUGACAAUGGGCCAUUUUCAGGAUUAUUAGCCAUUUUCUGAAUUUAGAAUGGGCCACUGCCCUUGUAUCAAUACCCUUCUCGCAGAAAUCUUAUCUGCCUGGAAACAUGGCCAUGCUAGUUGUGUCAAUUGUGGCCUGUUAUUCAGACAUUUGUGCAAGUGUUAUUGCAAAGUAGUGCAUACAGUGAUACUGUAUGCCAUGAUAUUGUACAAAACCUUUGGUCAAUCUAAUGGCUUGUUUAUGUACACUCAUUAUUUUGAAACUCUUGAAUCAUAAAAGAUUUAAUUCCAACAGAGCGAACAGGUGCAUUAUUUUUGGACAUAUGUUAAAUAGCUCUUGCUGUUUGUUUUUUCUUGGCAUUUCACAUUGAUAUGAAAAAUUUACUGAUAAAGUCUUCCUUGAAAGACACAAACAAGUAUACCAAAGACAAAGUUUUCAUGAUUUCUGUGUAACUGAGUGUACAUUAUUUCAGUUGUCAGAAUGGCUGUCAGACUGAUUGCUUUUGCCCAGCAUAGAAUUCCAGUAUUUUGCCAUUAUCAUUGAUCCUCAAUGGCAAACUUUUAGAUUAAUAACUUUUGUCAUCUUUUGACAGUCUUCCUCAUGAGUUAUCUGUGUAAUGUGUUUCAAGUCAUAACAUGAAUGUGUUUCAUGUCAUGAGAAAUAGUUGGCUACAUAUCUCAUUUCAUUUAUGCAGGAGGUCUAUGACCUUCGAAAGAACUGACCCGGUAACUUCAAAUCAAAAGUAAAAGACUCAAAAGGUAUUGAGGAGAUUAAGGUGUUUUCAUAGUGUGAUUCAGGCUGAAAAAAAAUGAUUUGGAUUCUUUUUGUAUGAGAAUAAAAACAUCUGCAAAAAAAUAUGAAAGUAUCUACCCUAUAUUUUUGUAUUUUCCAGCUUAGAUAGUUUCAGAGUAUUAUUUAGUACCUUGGUAAUGUAUUAGUUAAUCUGUGCAAGAUAGCUAUUGUGACUGAAUAUUACACAGAAAAUGAAUGUCAUAAUGAAUGUGUCAGCUUCAAGCAUUUCAUUCACGACAUAUAAACAUCUGUUAAAAAUGUCCUCACAAAGCAAUAUUUCAGUUAUUUCUGAGUCUCUUGCUGAAGGUUUUGUCAUGUUCUGUGGAAAUAUAAUUGAUGAUGAUAAUUACACCAUAUAAAGGCAGAAGAUGGUUGUAUGUGCUACUGCCGUAGAAUGGGGAAAUUAUGUCAGUUAUGUUUUUAAUAGAUCCAUUGAAAUUGACCAGAAACUAGCAGGUCCAUACAUAAGGUACUACUACCUAAAGCCUGAAAUUUCUACUCGCCAUAAGGUUACUUUUAUCAUUACACAAACUGACCAGGGUUAGUACUACUUAUCCCCUGACAUGUGUAUAGCCCGUUUGGCUCAAAAGCGGACCGAUGAAUUGCAAUGUAACUCGAAAACUAAUAAACAUAUGAUACUCAAUGAAACGCUGAUCAUAAUCAAAACAUCAGACCAACUCUGAGGUUUGUUUGCAGAAUCUAUGUCC